GUUCAAUGAACGCCAGUUAUUCACACUUCCAGUCAAUUCACUACACUUUCCUGACCCAACUGUAAAACAACAACAGACACAGCAGCGUCUCUCUUCCAAAAGUAAAAUCUAACAUUCUGUAACACCAUUGCUCAAACCACGUUACCAUGUCGAAUUUCUCAGAGUUCAAACCUCUGAACGAGAAAACGCUCAUCGAAUACAUAAAAUCCAUCCCUGCACUUUCAUCCAAACUCGCCAACAAUUUCUCCGACUUAUCCGUCAAAGAAGUCGGAGAUGGCAACCUUAAUUUUGUCUUCAUCGUUUCCAACACCAACGGUUCUUUUGUCAUCAAACAGGCUUUACCAUAUGUUCGUUGCAUAGGAGAAUCAUGGCCAAUGACGAAAGAAAGAGCCUAUUUUGAGUCAUUGGCAUUGAAAGAAGAGGGUAAAUUGAGUCCUGAUCAUGUUCCUGAAGUGUAUCAUUUUGAUCGUACUAUGUCUUUGAUUGGUAUGCGUUAUUUGGAGCCACCACAUAUAAUUCUCAGAAAAGGGUUGAUUGCUGGUGUUGAGUAUCCUUUGUUGGCUGAUCACAUGUCUGAUUUUAUGGCUAAUACACUCUUCUUUACUUCUUUGCUUUACCGUUCUACGACGGAGCAUAAACGGGAUGUUGCUGAAUUUUGCGGGAAUGUGGAGUUAUGCAGGCUCACUGAGCAGGUUGUUUUCUCUGACCCAUAUAAAGUUUCUGAGUAUAAUCGUUGGACUUCACCUAAUCUUGACCGUGAUGCUGAGGCUGUUCGGGAAGACAAUCUACUAAAGCUUGAAGUUGCUGAGCUAAAAUCAAAGUUCUGUGAGAGGGCUCAGGCACUAAUACAUGGAGAUCUACACACUGGUUCUGUGAUGGUUACACGUGAAUCAACUCAAGUUAUUGAUCCUGAAUUUGCAUUUUAUGGACCAAUGGGUUUUGAUAUCGGAGCAUUCCUAGGAAACUUGAUUUUGGCUUUCUUUUCUCAGGAUGGACAUGCUGAUCAAGCAAACGAUAGAAAAGCAUAUAAGGAAUGGAUUCUUAAGACAAUUGCAGACACUUGGAAUCUUUUCCACCAUAAAUUCACUGCACUUUGGGAUGAGCAUAAAAAUGGUGCUGGUGAGGCAUAUCUUCCAGGAAUCUAUAACAAUCCUGAUGUUCAACUACUUGUACAGAAGAAAUACAUGACAGAUUUAUUUCAUGACAGUCUCGGAUUUGGUGCUGCCAAGAUGAUAAGGAGAAUUGUUGGUGUGGCACAUGUUGAGGAUCUUGAAUCUAUAGCUGACACUGGUAAACGGGCAACUUGUGAACGGCGGGCACUUGAUUUAGCUAAGAUGCUUUUCAAAGAAAGAAGAAAAUUUGAGAGCAUUUCUGAAAUUGUCUCAGCAAUUCAGCAAUUUUAGUUGUGACAAGGUUUUGCUAUAUCAAUACCUUGACAUCCAUCAUUUAUCUGUUUUCAAAAUAUAUCAUCUCUUAGAUUUUUCCCGAGUGAGUACUACUUGAUAGCUGUUUCCCUAUCAAAUUAUGUAUAGUGAAUAAACUUUCUCGGUUCCUCUCCAUGGGAAGCUGGGAGAUGGUACUGAUAGCAUAACAGUUUCUAAUUGUUGUACACCCCAUCAUUAAAUGUGUUGUUCUGGAGUUUCGUGUGAUUACUUAAGAUUCCAUUAGAAGUUAUUUUUAUUACGAUACUUAAUUAUCAAG